AUUAGCUUGGUACCCAUUAUCCACAAACGCUUUCGACAUCGACGACUAUUACCAUGAUAUUGCCUACGGUUCUCGAAUUCACACAUUAAUCUUUACAUACCGAAUUCUACCACUGCCCUCCUACUGCCGGCAUGUGGCUCGACCGACUGGCGGGAGGCCCGGCCAGCAGUCCUGGACCCUCCACGCCUCAACCCGGCGGCAGAGUAUAUCCUAAGAGAACUUCGAGCACUCUGAGUCCAUAUGUCACAUCUCAACGCCCUGGAAUAUCUCCACGUGGCUCCUCGCUAUCACUCGUAUCCAAUGAUUCGACCUCUUCACUCCUAUCGUCUUCGCGAAGGCCUAAUGGCUCCAACUUGAGGCAGGCCUCAACUAUCGAAACGGGACCUGAUUCUUUGGAGGUGCUAGAGACUUUGCUAGCAGGCCUUUCGAGCGACCGCGACCAAGCCGACAAGAAAACCGUCAUUAAUCAGGACGAUAUCAACUUCGACGCUGUAUUCGGGGGAUUAUCAUUAAAGGGGCUUGCCACGUCGGAACCUCCUGACACAACCACAACCAGCAACCGCAAGCCAAAAACGGCAGAAGAGAGUCCGUUUAUCGCAACAGAUACUCUUUGACCCCAUAAUUGACAUAUCGCAGGCGAGAAUGAUAGAACCAAACUCGAAGAUCUUCACCGAUCGAUAGAAGCAUGUGACGAUGUACUCAAUUCAGUUGAGAUCAACCUUGCCAACUUCCGCAACGACCUUGCUAUGGUAUCUGCAGACAUCGAAUCUUUACAAACCCGAUCGACAGCUUUGAAUAGGAGAUUGGAAAACCGGAAACAAGUUGAGAAGGCACUGGGGCCUCUGGUAGAAGAGCUAAGCUUACCACCUGAAGUUAUCUCCAAGAUCUCUGAGGGGCACAUCGAUGAGACAUGGGCCAAGAUGCUCGCCGAACUGGAUCGCAGGUCGACCCUGUUCAAAAAGAAGUCCGAAACGCAAACUAGUAAUGCGGCAAAAGACCUCGAACCGAUUCUUGAGAAGCUCACUUUCAAGGCAAUCGAGCGCAUACGAGACUUCAUCGUGGCUCAAAUCAAAGCACUGCGAUCACCGCAUAUUAAUGCCCAAAUUAUUCAGCAACAAAGUUUCCUUCGAUACAAGGAUCUUUACACAUUCCUACACAAACAUCAUCCGACUCUUGCAAAUGAGAUCGCCCUCGCAUAUAUGAACACUAUGCGGUGGUACUACCUUAACCAGUUUUCCCGGUAUGAGAAGGCUCUCGGGAAAAUCAGGCUUCACAUAUUAGACAAGAACGACGCUCUUGGCCACGAAGAUGCAACCCGCAAGGCUACUGUUCUUUCCAGCAACAGGGCACCAGGGCCUCCUCAUGAUGCAUUUAACCUUGGCCGACGCAUUGAUCUUCUGAAAACCAACAACCAAACCGCGCUCUCCUCAUAUCUCGCCGAGGAAGACCAAACAACUCACUACCUCGAAGUACCCUUCCGCAACUUCAACCUGGCACUCAUUGACAACGCCACGGCAGAAUACACGUUCAUGGCCACCUUUUUCUCUCCCGCGCUGUCCUAUAGCCAGAUUUCAAAGAACUUUAACUAUGUCUUUGAGGCUACCUUUGAACUCGGCAGAACCCUUUCCAAGACUCUGAUAGGGGAGACCUACGAUGCGCUCGGUCUACUCCUUUGUAUCCGGUUGAACCAGCAUUUGGCUUUUGAGCUCCAGCGCCGGAAGGUUCCUGCUGUGGACGGCUACAUCAAUGCCACGACCAUGCUCCUAUGGCCCCGUCUUCAGGUCAUAAUGGAUCGUCACUGCGAUUCUGUACGCCACCUCAGCAAUGCUAUGCCCGCCAAACCGAGCCGCGCCGAAGCUGCUAAACUGUCUGCGGCACCUCAUGUUGUAACCCAGCGUUUCGGGCAGCUGUUACACGGCUUAUUGGCCCUCAGCACCGACGCUGGCGAUGAUGAACCUGUUGUGUCCAGCCUGCGCCGCUUGCGCUCCGAAGUUGAGACCUUUCUUACUCGCCAUGCUGAGCUCUUCGGCGACAAGCGUAAGAGCGGGCGCUUCUUAUAUAACAACUACUCACUUAUCCUCACCAUUAUCAGCGAUGCGAACGGCAAGCUUGCUGAUGAGCAGCAGGAGCAUUUCGAAGAACUGAAGGCUCAGUACCAAGAGACGUCCUAGAAAAGUGCCUCAUCUGGAUACAAAAUUGUUGGGAAACAGGAGGGUUAGUUCACAGGAAAUUAGUGCAUUCUCAAGUCUUCCCUUGAGUGUGACCAUGUGUAUAUUUCUUUGCAUGGCGUCUCGGUGAAGGUCAUCUAUGGGUCUUAUUGCUAAACAGAGCUUUGACCAAACAAAGUGUUAUCUAUGCCAUUCUAGCGUGGGGUAAAUCAUUCCAUCUGCCAACUUUUAUAACAAAUAUGCCUACCUUGAGCAAUCUACCUGAGAAAUCAUCUUGCCGGUGGGAACUUUGGUGUCUAUCGAGAGAAGAAUGAGGCAAUGCGAUGAACGAGUAUUGGAUUGCGGCGAAGGUAGAAAGCCAGGGCUCCCACAACAAGAGCCAUACCAACGGUCUUGACUGGGCGGCGGUAACGCCAGAGGGCCAACUUGACGCGCUUCCGCACUUCUUGCCAAUGAAGUUCAUUGACCUGCUUCUCAAAAAGCUCCGAGCCCUCUUCCAUGGUCUGUUUCGCACAUGUUUCGAUAUCCCGGGCUGUCUUGAGAGCACUGAAAUUAGAGAUGUGUCGCCAGUAGUGAAGAGUCUCAGGAGGAUGCUGCUCAAAGAGUGCGACUGAUUUUAUGAUAAGCUCGUCGAGAUCCAUUUUUGGUGGGACCUUGCCCAGAAUGACGUGCAGCAUAUCGGGCUCGUCUAUCUCAAAGAUCUCAUUUCGACGGUCAAGAAUGAUCUGCGCAAACAUGUAGACUGUAAAUACAGGCUCCCGGGCUAGGAAAACAUCGAACAGUCUGGCGAUGUCUUGAUAGGUCUCGAUGUUGUGGGCAUACAUGGUCAGGGUUCCCGCUAAAGCGUAGAAGGGUUCAACACCUGCAAGAUGCCGUCGGAGCUUGGGAUCAGCAACAUGGAGAAUGUCCGGCAGAAGGCGGAGUUGAGCGGUUGUUGGCCCAAAACUGGGCAACAUAAAGUCCCGUAUCCUCAGGACGGAUAGGCGCGCGAGAACACGAGCUCUCCAUGCUGGUGCCAGCACCAGCAGUAGAACCUGGGAGAUGUCGUGAUAGCCCUGGAAGUAGCACAGAUAAGGGUAACGGCGUAGGACCUCGGUGAUGAGGGAUGAGAGCUCUGACUUGCGGAGACUUAGCUCUGCGUCCGAUUGGUCUGGCACUGCAUUAGCUCUCACGAUGUCUUGGAGGUAAGGAAGGAUUGAGCAAUACUGUCUGGAUAGUAGAU